UCCAGUACUGACGACAUCGACAAGAUGGUGGCGCUUGCAAACAGCGUGGUCGCCAUACAGCUUGGCCUAAUUCUUUCCUUUUAAUUCUUAAUUACACUAAAUUAAAGAGAACACACUACAACAGGGCCCACUUUGAUCAUCUCCGCGUAAACCCGCAAGAAGAAAAACAAGAAGAAAUGCCUCACCGGAAGAAAAAGUCGUUCAUUGAGAAGAAGAAGGCGGUGACCUUCCACCUGGUGCACAGGAGCCAGAGGGACCCCCUCGCGGCAGACGAGAAAGCGCCUCAACACGUCCUGCUUCCUGCUGUCAAGGCGGACGUUGAGAAGCGGCAGGAGGAGCAGCGGAAUUUUGGCGUCUUCUUUGACGACGACUACAAUUACCUGCAGCACCUGAAGGAAGCUUCCGGACAGACGGAGCUGCUGGCCGCCGGACCCUCGGCCCGCUUUCACCUCCGCAGUGAUGAGGACGAUGAGGAGAACGGAGCGGAGGAAGAUGCCGAGAAGGAGCAGGUCAUACCUGCGGCCAGCCUCAAGCUACCAUCGUCGGUGUUCGCCUCCGAAUUUGAGGAGGACGUGGGCCUCCUCAACAAAGCCGCUCCCAUCUCAGGGCCGCGUCUUGACAUGGACCCCGACAUCGUGGCCGCCCUGGACGAGGACUUCGACUACGACGACCCUGACAACGCGCUGGAGGACGACUUCAUCGCCAAAGCCAGCGGUGCCAACUGUGCCCAGCUCGGAGAUGACCAUGACGACUCGUGGGAGGACACGGACGGCGACGGCGACGGCGACUCCGAGGGCCCCUUUUCAGACAAAGAGGGCGGCGCUCGGGAGUUUCUGUUCGCCGACGAGGAGACCAGGACUCGCUUCACAGAAUACUCCAUGACGUCGUCAGUGAUGCGGAGGAACGAGCAGCUCACCCUGUUGGACGACCGCUUCGAGAAGUUCUAUGAGCAGUUUGACGAUGACGAGAUCGGUGCCCUGGACAACGCCGAGUUGGAAGGCUACAUUGCGCACGACAGCGCUCGGCUGGGAGAGGUCAUCAGAGACUACUUUGCCCAGAAGGAGAGAGAGUCCCUGAGGCCCGAUGACCUGGGCCCAAAAGAACUUCUUGUCCCACAAGAGGAGGAAGAUGAGGAGGAGGAGGAAGGAGAGGAGGAGAUGGAAAAGUUGGUGAUCAAAGCUCCAGAGGAGAAGUGGGACUGUGAGACCAUCAUCAGUACUUACUCCAACAUCUACAACAGACCCAAAGUAAUUGAACACCCUCCAAAGGUGAAGCCGAUCCGCGUGUCCGCCGAGACGGGCGCCCGCCUGGACGUUCUCCCCGCCAGAGGGCCCGCCGAGCGAAUGAGCAGGAUCGACGACUCCGACCUCCCUCGCGCCGCCGCGGUGCCACGGGACAGAGACGAGAGCAAGGAGCAGAGGAAGGCCCGUAAGAGCGCGGUCAAGGAGGAGCGCAAGGAGAGGCGUGUGGAGAAGAAGGCCAACAAGAUGGCGUUCAAGGAGGAGAAGGUGCGUCAGGAGAAGCAGAUGCUCAACCUCAGGAACAUUCAGGGCCUCAAACUCUCGUAAAGAACACGAAGACGGACUACUUUGCUGCUUUUUUUCCUCACCCAAAUGUAGUCUUUGUAUUGAUCACUUGCUUUCUGGCUCCUUUGUUGUUCAAAUACGCUUACACAAUUGUUAAGUUAACCGAGCACAAAAGGUUGACCAAUGUUUGUCGAAAGGUUUCAUGUACACCAAGUUCUCGUCUCAACUGGUUUUUCCCCAGUUGGCCGGUCGCCACAGCAAUGGGCGUGUGCUCGUUCCAAAAUGGGCAAGGCGGGCGUGAGUCAAGACAAGUCCUCGUGCCUCCUCAUUGUCCACACACACCAGAAAGUAAUCAUACCCCUUCGCAUAAUGACAAAGUAAAAACAUUUUCAGACAGUUGUGCAAAUGUAAACAAUAGGCACAUCAGUAUCCACAACCUUGUCUUAAUAUUUUGUUGAAGCACCUUUGGCAGCAAUCGCAGCCUCAAGUCGUCUUCUCUAUAUUUGGCAGCUGUCGUCGUACCCUCCAAGCGGACGAGUCGCC